AUGACUUUGACACGGGUCACGGUCCACAUCCUGGUCACAUCCACAGCCACGUUAACAUGCAGAGGAGGGAACCACACAUCAGCCUCUCAGGAGACCAGUAUUAAAAGUUCCUCCUAUGGAUUCAUAGCUGUCUCGUCAGCAAAGUCACAAGGAUGCCUGAAACAAAACUAUCACUAACUGAAAUCUGCUCACACACAAAUGAGCCACAGAGCAACAAUGUAAAUGGUUCUGACCUGUUAAAACAGCUUAUAGCUGUAGAUCUUUUCUCUUGUGUUUCUAGCAGAAAAGAUUAUCACCCAUUUCCACAGUAAUACUAAAUACCUAAAGAGGAAAUAACUGGAGACGUUCGGUCUUUCUAGUGUAUCCACAGCUGCAGAGUUGCAGCAGUGUCCUUGACCUGGUGGAUUGGAAGAGCUAUGACAUAUAUACGGUGAGGAGGUGGAUGCGCGCAACGGGACCCGCUGAUGCGCACAGUUCCUGCGGACUCACAGAGGAUACACUGCACGGGAACUGGACUAUAUUCUAGAGUCUAACUUCUCUUUGAAUUGCCUUCAUGUCGGUUCAUAAGACAGCGCCUUGGAAAAACACCAGAGGUCUAUAAGUGCACCUAUGGCUGGAAGUCAGACGCUCCGAAUGGACAGCGGUGUCUCCGGGCCGGUGGAUGACAGCCCCGCUUCCAGCCCCAGCUCCAGCCCCAGCCCGGAGGGCCAGCGGGAGCUGCACCGGGCCAGGCUGCUCCAGGCCGGCGGGCUGGCGGGGCUCGGCGGCCGGGGCCGCCCGGCGGCAGCUAACGCGGCGCGGGAGAGGAGCCGGGUGCAAACCCUGAGAAAUGCCUUCCUGGAACUGCAAAGGACUUUGCCAUCAGUGCCACCGGAUACCAAGCUGUCCAAACUCGACGUGUUGAUACUGGCCACCACCUAUAUUGCCCAUCUAACCCGAACACUGCAGGAUGAAGGCACGGAGGAGGGAGAGAGCACAAAGCAAACAGAGACGUUAAAAUCACUGAAAGGGGAAGGAUACCUGCACCCAGUAAAGAAAUGGCCAAUGCGAUCCAGAUUGUACGUCGGAGCAAGCGGACAAUUUCUGAAUAAUCCUUCAGAGUCAGAGAAUCAAGGCCCAUCGUCGUCCACCUCUCUAAAAUAAACCUAAAACAAUGUGUGAAACAAUUUGCAUGAGUUCAUGCUGUGAAGCGGGAGAUGAAAGCCCUUAUGAUUACAAGACAACUUUCAAUUCUGACUGUAUUUUCAUUAAACAAAUACCCAUGAGGAGACAUUGUAAAUUAAUAUAUUGCCUGAAUUUUAUUGUAUAAACUUUGAAAAAAAAGAAGCAUGUAUUGUGUUUCUCUGUUGUUGUUUUGGCUUGUCCUGUUUGCCUUGUGCAGUCCUACACAUGUCCCAGGUAUAACAUUUGCAGAAAUCCAAUGGGGUGAGCCGUCAUGCUUGAGCGUGCACUUUGACUUGAGACAUUUGCACUAAAUGCAUGUGUGAAUAACUUAACAUCUGUCAUGUGAAGUGGUCUGUCAGAGAGUCGAC